AUGAGAGCGCUGCGAAAAUUUAGGCUGCUGGCGACGAAAUGUGUGGCGGCGAGUACACCUCCCAGGAGCCCCGCCGCUGGUGGCGGCGCCGAGCGGUCAUGCCACUUCCGGCGCCAGAGAACCCCGAAUAAGCUCCACAAGCUCUUGUCCCUCCGCCGGUUCCUCUGCCGGGAGAAUCGCUCCGGUGGGGAUUCAUCGGAAUUGGGGGAGAAGAAGUCGCUGCUGAGCCACAGCUUGAAGGAUUUAUUCUCGUCGUCGCCGCCGCCGUCGGAAGGGGAAGAAGAGGUUAAUUGGGGUGAUGGUGGGGGAGGAGUUGAACUGGAAACGGGACGCGGCAGUUUGGCGAGGAUGUGGGGGUUCGAGGGGCGGAGCGGCGGAGGCGCGAGGAGGUUCGGAUCGGUGGCGCGGCUCCGAGAUCGGUUGCUUAGGAAGGCUUGGCGACCCGUUCUGGUUGCCAUUCCCGAGUGA